AUGAUUGAUUUCUUAAUUGAGAACGGUCCAAGAAGGGUUGAAGAUUAUGUCUUUCCUUAUGAUAAAUUUCGUGAACAUUUUUCUAGAAAGCAUUAUACCCGUAAGAUGACGAACGGGGAGAAGCAAGACAGGAGAUGGCUCGUAUAUUCAACUUCUUUAAACAAAGUAUUUUGCUUCUGUUGCAAGUUGUUCGAAAUAGAUGAUUCAACACAAUUUGCUGACAUUGGAUUUGAUGAUUGGAAUAAUGUUAGUGGAAGGCUUAAGAAACAUGAAACUUCUUAUGAACAUGAAGAGUGUAUGAGAAAGUGGAUUCAUCUAGAAUUAAGACUGAAAAGGAAUGAAACAAUUGACAAACAGGUGCAAGAACAAAUCAACAAAGAGAAACAACGUUUUAUACAAAUAAUGGAUAGUGUAAUGGAUGGUGUGAUGUAUCUUGGGAAAAAUUGUUUAGCAUUUCGUGGCGAGAGUGAUAAGAUCUUCACAAGAAAAAAUGAUAUAACUCAUCAGAACCAAAUGUCUAUUGUGGUAAGAUGUGUUGACGUUUCCCAGAUACCAACAAAAGUUGAAGAAUUUUUUCUUGGAUUUUUAAAAGUGGAUGAUUCAACAGGUGAGGGUCUUUUCUCCGAACUUGAAGAUGCAUUGGAAAAACUCAAUCUUAACAUUGAUGAUAUAAGAUGGAAAGGCUAUGAUAAUGGUUCAAACAUGAACGGAAAAGAGAAAGGUGUUCAAAACAGGUUACUCGAGAUUAAUCCUAGGGCUUUUUACUCACCAUGUGGUUGUCAUAGUCUUAAUCGCAUGCUUUACGAUAUGGCUAAAUCUUGUGAGAAGGCAGAUUCUUUUUUUGGGACCAUACAAUGUAUCUAUAAACUGUUUGCUGCUUCUACAAAGCGAUGGCAGAUUUUUAAGAAGAAGGUGGGAUUUAAAGGUCUCACUCUCAAACCAUUAUCUGACACUAGGUGGGAAUGUCGUGUGGAAAGUGUUAUAGCAAUAAAAUUCCAAGCACUGAAAAUACGAAAAGCUUUGAAUCAGUUGAUCAAGACACCCAAAAAUAAUGAAGAAAAGUCUAUUGCUCAAGGUAUACUCAAGAAUCACAUGAAAAAUUUUGAAUUUUUUCUUGGCAUGGUUAUUUGGUAUAAUCUUUUAUCGGUCGUCAACUCUGUUAGCAAAGCACUACAAGCAAAAGAUAUGCAUAUGGGAGAUGCUAUCAAACAUAUAGAAAUGCUUGUUUCAUAUUUCAAAAAUUACAGAGACAACAGCUUCCAAGCUGCACUAGUUGAAGCUAAAAGAAUUGCUGUUGACAUGGGAAUUAGUCCUAAAUUUCAGGAACCAUGUGUUAGAAAGCGGAAGAAGCAUUUCGAUGAGGAUUCUAGCAAGGAGACAAUUCCAUCGUCAGGUGAGGAAUCUUUUAGAAAAAUUAUUUUUUAUACAUAG